AUGAGAAUUCUUCUUUUACUCUUCACCGCAUCACUGUUCCACAUUUGCAGGUGUGGAAAUGAGACAGACGAAUACCCUGUCCCGCCACCACCUCCCCCUCCACCCUUUCAUAGAUGCACUUGUGGUGACAGAUUCGCCCCUAAAAAGACCUCGAAGAAGGAUAAAUCCAAAGAGGAAGCUGACAAGGAUGAAGGAGCAGCCGCGGAUGCAUCUGAGAUAAAGCUGCGCAAGGAUAGUAAGAAGGGACGUAGACUUAAGGAUACGCAAAGGUCCUUUAAAGUCAAAAGGAAUGAAAGUGACAAGGAGAAGGAAAAGCGUAGAGCCACAAUAUCCGUUCCAGAAGACCCUGUGCUGGCUACAAAGAAUGACGAACGAGGCGACUAUUCCCCUACCGAUUCCCUCGUUGAGAGCACGGGAAAUGGUUCAAAGGAGGAUAUUCUUGAAGCAGUGCAAACAGAGACGCAUACUCCGACUGAAGAAGGAGCUGCAUGUGCUCCUGAAGAUGCCUCUACCACAGAACCUAUGGGUGAAACUGAAGCAAAAAAGGAGGAGCCAGUCGUUAGAGCAAAGGAAUACUUGAGGAAGAGCCCCGAGGAUAAACCUGAAGAGGUGCCUUUACGGCCCUCUGGACUGACCAUUGACAUUGCCACUCCAGACACUAGAGAGUGUCAAUGCUUCAAGUACCAUCAUGAUGAGAUUCCCAUUGUUUUGAUAGUCCCAAAGACGAACAUGGUGAAGAAUAUCGCGGAGGGUAAGUUCCUGAUAUGGACAACUAGCCCCGGAGAAAAGGUGGAAUACUCCAAGAUGUUUUUGAAAAACGGAGAACCUGAAAUGCUCCUAAUCGCCAAGAGUUGUGACAAUGUCGUAAGACAUACACGUUUUAUCAAACAUGAAGGAGUAUGGGAGGAAUGCAAAUCCUUCAAAGGCAGGACUCACAGGCUCAAGGUUCCCGUAGAAACGAGUACCGAGUUUCCCCUUAGAAUAGAGGAUGAGGAGAGCACCAAGGAAUGCACCGUCUUCCAAACUUUGCUAUUCGGCGUGAAUACCCGCUUCUAUUCUCCCAACCCCGGAUACGUUGCCACUGAAGUAUUCUACGGCAAAUCCUCCAUUUGGAUUGGCGGAGAGAAUGAACGGUGUAUUUCAUGUGACCUCUAUUCAGAAAUGGAGAGACCGUCGUUCAUCCUGCUGACCAUCAAGGACGUGAGGGGUUUGAGGUCCAAAUACUACCGAGUUAUUGAUGGAGAAUGGAAGAACAUUACAGCUCAGGAUUUUGAGCAGAAACGUAGAGAGACGAUUGCUCUUGAUGCAAGGAGGAAAUACGCUCUUGCAGGAACAUUGAAACCUGCUAGUAAAGAGCCUGGAGAAAUACUCACAGAAACGGCGUCUCCCAAAAAGUCGAAAAAGAAAGGCAAAGGGUGUCUCAUGAGGAAACUUUCCGGACUGCUAUCCUCAGGAAAAUCAAGGAAGCCGUUGGUUAGAAAGGCAGAAAGCUCAGGCACAUCAAGUUCGGAUACAAGAAGUAGCACAAGCGAUCAAAAUUCUCAGGAUCUCUCAAAAUCUGAAGACAGGGGGUCCAUAUAG